UGUAGCAGGAACAGGUGGAGUCAGUUUCACUUUCACAUUAGUUUUGGUCAAACACGUCUGAAGCGUCACAGACACUGAGAGAAUCAUCAUAUAAUCGCCACAGGUACCAAAAGCUGCAGAUCAACCAUGUCGAAGACAUCAAUGGAGAUCCAUGAUUCAGACAUGAGUGAUGAGAUGCAGCGUGAGGCUCUUCAGGUCGGUCUCCUGGCUGUGAAUAUGUACUCACAGGGAAUUGACAUUGCUACCUACAUGGUGAAGGAGUUUGAGAGAAAGCAUGGGCUCACUUGGCACUGCUUUAUAGGGAGCUCUGGCUCACAUGUGCGACCAAAUCAGAACGGUUAUAUCUGCUUCUCUGUUGGUGGCAAAAGAAUUGUGCUCUUCAGAACUGACUGAGGUUCAGCAACAGUUCAAACACAAUUUAUUUGAUCCACAUAAUUAAUAAAAUAUCCAUUUUCAGA